AUGGGGAGUCAGUCCACCAAACAGGAUGACCUGGAGGUUGGGAACAUCAGCAGUGAAACCACCAGCCCAGCGGGGUACCAUUCGCCCCUGCAGAGCCGCAGCUUGGCAGAGGCCUGGGCCGAGAGUGUCUCCAAGAAAAGUGGCCGCCGGUCUGCACAAUCGCAGUACGUGCAGCCACGCAUGCAGAUCAAGCGGGACUUGGAGCCUCGGUUUUCCUUUGAUCCGACAGAAUUCGUUCGCCAAAUCAGUUCGACGUCAACGACAGUGCUGAAAGAUGCUGAAAGCCCACGUCAAGUCAUAUUUGCAGAAACAGACCCAGGACCUCAGGAGUCAGUGAGGUUCGAACACCUGGAGCACAUCGACGACGACCUCUCCUGGGGCGGUCUCCAAGCGGCGGCCUCCGCGGCGGUGCAAGAUUUUGAAGACCUUGGUGAUAUUGAGCCCGUUCCUUGUGUGGAACUCAGUUCAAAGAUCUUAGUGCAAUGGCAUUUUGGCGGUCUUCAGCUUGUGAUUGUGAUCUUUAGCCAAGUCAUUGAGAAGAAUUGGGUGGUGUUGUCGGCCAUGACGCCUCGGCAGCUGAAAGUGGGCGAGUUGCCGCGCUCCAGCAUGUACGAGCUGCUUGGGCCGGCUAGGCUGACCCGAACUCUGCUCACCCACGCCUGUGCUGCGAGUCUUAGUUAUUUGGUGCUGGGCUUUGCCUUCCAAGUGGUCACCAUGGCCUUGCUGCGCAUCUCGCGCUUGUGUCGCUGGAGGAACGCGGAGAAGAUCAUCUACUUGAGACCUGGCCAUGGGGAAAACGUGGGGAAAACCGUGGAGACGAAUGGCAUCCUCUUCCAAGAGGAACGCGCCGGCGUCUCGAUCUUCUGCGCCUGGGCGGUGAACUUUUCUUGGUGGAGUCCACCGCAGGACACGCGGGUGCUACUGGCACGUCCUUGCGCUUGCAUCCUGCUGCUUCUCUUUUGCAAUGCCUUGAAGAAGAUCCUGGAGUUCUCCUUCCUGCGCUCCAAGUUGGCGCUCAACUUCGAGACGGAUGUGUUGGUGAAUGCCUUUGAGCGCGCGGCCCUGGAACGUGUGGCAGAUUUCGCCUGUUUGCCGGUGGCGUCCUCUGGGGACAUGUUGAAGUACAGUGUGGUGGACGAACGAGGCGAUGUGCAGGCCGAGUGCACGUCACGCGAUGCCAUGUUGGCAGAAGAAAGUCACGAAGGCGACGAGGAGGAGGUGGCCCCCAGAGAGAUGCCAAAACGCUACAAGGCAGCAGCCAUCACUGCCAUGAUCCUGGUGGUCUGUGCGGUCGCCUUCUAUAUGACAUCCCCAUGCCGCAACCCGUUGUCGCUGUUUCGAAGGUCCUCCAACAUCCAACUUGCAGAGGCCGCUCAGCUCGAAGCCGCGUCGCGGCAUUUGAAGUCAGUGAGCAGCCGCGAAGAGGCGGACAAGAUGGUGAAGGAGGCCAUGCAAAAAGCAAAAGAGGAGAGGAUUGAGCACCACAAGAACACAAAGCUGCCGCCUUUGCGUAGCAUGGUGGGCUCCUAUUAUUCUUCGGGCCUCGGGCAGUUCUUCGCGGCCGAGAAGCUGGCAGGCCAGGCGCGCAAGAACGAGGCUGACGACAUCGUGUGGACGGCCAAGGAGAAGGCAAAGUUCUGGGGCGGUUCCAAAAUGAACACAAACGAUGACUUCCGGCAGGCCUUUUGCGUGUUCAACGUGGCCGAGACCGUGGACAGUCUCGGAGGAACCGGCAUUGACGUGGAGUCCAUGGUUCGCACCUGUCCGGAGCCCCGCAAUGACAUCAGCGACUUCGCCUGCGCGGUGAACGCCGAGACUCUGGCGGAGAUGGUGGGCACCGCCGCCACGUGGCUCUCCAGUGCCGUGUCCACCUGCGGCACCUUUCCCAACGUGCAGGCCGAUUGCGCCGCGGGCGUGGGCGGCAUCGUGGGCGCCCUGGGCGAGGUGGCGGCCAGUGGGACGCUGGCGAUGACCAGCUGCAAGGAGUUCCCCCUGGCAGGUUUCAAGGCCGACUCCUACAGCGCGGACGCUCGAGUGAACAUCGAGGGCGAGCCAGCGGUGAGGAUUUCGCAGGUUGGAGCACGUGAACCGGGCCGCCGGCUCUUCAUGGGUUCCGGCAUUGGUGGCACAGGGGUCCAAUGCGGCGUGGAUGUGGGUUUCAUUGCGGACAACAUCUAUGAUACAGUGUUCUAUAUCCAUCGAGCAAUACAGCUGGACAGCUGCCGCAAGCGCGUGCGCUACGGUGCCUACAACUAUCUCACCGGAGUCCCAGAAGCCGCCUGCGCAUUGGACAUCGCCGGCGCCAUCGCAUGGAUGACACAGAUUGCCACCUUUGUACAGCAGUUGAUCAGCCACUGCCCCGACAUCUUGGAGCUCCCCACACUCUGCGGCUCUUCCAUCACCGGCCUGGCUUCCUCCGCCUCGCAGAUUGCCUCGUGGGGCUCGCAGAUCGCCAUCGCCUGCGGGGAGAGUGAGUCCGUGAACCUGAUUUCACGUGUCAUCGUUUUCGCCGAAGACUACAGCCUUGUGGACGGCCGCGAGAUCGCUUUUGUGAAGCUCUGCUCCGUGGCCAUGCGCAGCUUCGACGUGCAGUGCACCUGGUUGAGCCUGGCGAAUGCUGACGACUUCGGAGGUCGACACCUGCCACAGGUGACCCUGGUCGGACCCUACGAAGGUUUGUUGCUGGCGGAUGCCGAGAUCCAGAAGAACGGCUUGGACCUACCUGGCUUUGACCCUCUGACCUACGAGGACACGAUCUUCCGGCCGCACGGCACGGGCGUGCGACGCCUGGAGCAGGAGAUGGAACAGGAGACGAACGAGGCGGAGGCCAAGGCAGAGAAGAAAUGGGACCCGGAGAAUCAUCCCAGCAUGCGCAACUUGCGGGUUGCUAUGAAGGAGCUCCAGAAAAUCCGUCAAAAUUUAACGGAACCUCACGACGGUACAGACGAAGUUUCUGCCAGCAAUCGAGCGACACAAGCGAGCUUGAAAGAGAGGUUGCACCUGAUUGAGCCGGCAUUGCAUGAAUACUCCAGCAAGUGGUCUAUCGAAGAAUUUGAUGCUGCACCGGAGCUGCUGCAGUUCCUGCAGCAGAGCUCAGUGCUGCCUAUACUGCAGGACCCCCAUGCCUUCGAGAAGCUCACGGCGGAACACUUGCGCAAGGCCUACUCCCAAGGCCGCCAGAGAAGCCAUAAGAAUUACAGUGGACAGCUUACCAUCCGCCCCAUUGGCCGCGGCUUGGAACUGUUCCGCGCGCUGCGGGGGAAUUCUACCACCAUGUUCUUCAUGAAGGUGGACGGCAAGUUCCGCGAGGUCGAAGCGGCCGCCCAGUUGGCCUUCGCCAAGAUCAUGGGAAGUGCCGAAGGCGAGGAUGAGGUGAUGCGGUCCAUGUCCCUGCCCUCGCCCAGUGAACACGGCGACGGACCGGACAGCAAUGGACAGGAUGAGACGGAGGAGAAAUUCGAAGAGACAGGAACACUGGAUUUCAUGGACAUCGCCAAGAUCAUGCCGCAGGAUGAAGCCACUCGCACCUGGGAGAUGCUCACCGCCCGCUGCGGCUCCCGGGAAGUCACGGUGGAGGACUUCGUUUGGGCCGUAAAAGGGGCUUUUGAGCGGUUCCACAUGAUUGCGGCAACCGUGAAAGACUUGUCCGCGAUUUGGUUGGUCUUCAGCAACGUGGUGAGUGCUGUCCACUUUUUGCUGUCCUUGGCCAUUGUCUUGGGGUUCUUCUUCCCAUCCCAGGUGCUUCGGACCGUUUGCCUCAGUAUGUCGACCGUAGCCUUGGGCUUGUCCUUCAUCUUUGGGAAUCUGCUGAAGGAGAUCUUUGAGAGUUUGGUUCUGCUUCUGGUGAUCCAUCCUUUUGAUGUCGGGGAUCGCAUCCUAUUGGGCGAUGGCUCAAAUAUCUACACCGUUCAGAAGAAGCUGGGACUGGGGAUCAACAUCCUAACCACUGAAGCCCGAGAUCUGGCCAACCACUGCGUCUACCUGAAAAACAGUAAACUCUUUCACGAGGACAUUCUAAAUCUGGGACGUUCGCUCAAUGCCGUUGUGGAGAUCAACGUGGUCUUCCAAAGCUCCGAGGUCUCUACGGACGUGAUCUCCAGGAUCAACGCUUUUGUUGAGAACUACAUCAGCAACGAGAAGGAGGCCUGGGUCCCCAGUUACUUGCGCUCCUUCUGCGCCCUGUCCGGCGGCCGGGCCACCUGCGAUCUUUCCGGGGGCACCGCGCAUUGCAGCUUGGCCGUAAAGGGAGGCAUUCGUUUGAUGCAUCGCCAGCCUUGGCAAAGCAUCCCAGAGAUCCGGCGCGAUACCUCCCGGGUGAUGUACAGUUUGCUGGGUCAACUGAAGAAGUGGGGCGUGGAUUUCCGCAUGACCCCGCAGCCGGUACACCUGGAGACCCGGAGUUUCGAAGCUCACGAGGAGGAGAUUGCAGAACUCCGGCGGGGUCGAAGUCAAAGUUUCAUGCGCCAGGAGACGCUUGGAGGUCUGGAGUGGUGCCAAUCCCUUCCAGCAGCUUGGCCCACUGGCAGCGGGGCCAUUCCGCUCGUGGCGGAUGAGAAAAACCGAAAGAGGCUGCAGAAACCACUCCGUGCGUAUCGCACGGUGCGAGCUGGGAAAAUACGGGUUGUGGGCGCAUUCCAAGCAGAUGGGGUUUGGUCUACACCAUUGGAUAUUGGUCCAUUGGCAAUCAAGAACUGCAUGGUAAACAAUAGCAAGGCUGAACACUUAGAAAUGCUGGCACCAACGGCACCAACCUUUGGAGGCGCUGCGCUGAUGAUUCCGCUGCGAAUGCCGAGGAUUGGAGCAGUGGUGGAGUACUGCAGCCUGGCGUUUUCAGCCACGGUCCUGGUGGCAGAUGCGUUGAUUCACCUGUUGCCACAUGCCUUGGAGGGCGCAGACCACGGGACCAUGACUGCGGUGGGCAUUGCUGCCACGGCAGGGUGUCUGGCGAUUUUGACGAUCCCUGGCCUUGUGGAGUGGCACCAUCGAGGUCAUGAGCACAGUCACGAGGUCCAUGCUUAUGGCAUUGCCAAUCUCGUCACCGAGAUGAUGCAUAACUUCGUGGACGGCAUUGGCUUAGGCAUUGCCUGGCGUGCCAGUGCCUCUUCAGGUUUCUCCACUGCCCUGGCAGUGGCGGUGCACGAACUCCCCCAGGAGAUUGGCGACUUUAUGGUACUUCGUGCUGCAGGAUUUCCAGUGCGCCAACUCUUGUGUUGGAAUUUCAUCGCUUCCCUCACCUGUUUGGGUGGGGUUGCGCUUGUGCAUGUGGUUGGUCAAAUUGACCUGGCCGCUACGGUGCAACGCUACGCGACCGCCUUCACCGCGGGAAGUUUCCUGUCGCUGGCCCUGAACAUGAUCUUCCCACAGGUGUCUGAGUCCAUCAGCAAGAAUCACAAGGGCAUCGCGGCUGUUCGAGCCCAUUCGUUGUGCGUGGUCAUUGCUAUGAUGGCCAUCUAUGCCCUUGUGCGCAUCGGUGAGUUGGAGGCACCUUCGUCGGCCUCGUUGAGUUUUUAUUGCACUCAGUGGGACAUGAGCACAGCCAUGGUGGCCAUGGCGGCCAUGGUCAUGGCCAUGAGCUCUGAGGUGGGGUGUUGCGUGGCAGGCGUGGCACUUUGUGCCAUCGAUGGUCUCCUUGAGUGGCGCGUGUUGGGCUUGGUGACAUCGACUUUGCCUUUCUUUGGUUGUCCCAAAGCGGGCUUGCCUAGUUGUUCUGUUGGCUGUGCUCCUUGCUCUCCCUCUCGUGUCCGUUUUGGACGCUCAGCAGCCCAAAUCCUCCAAAGCGGACUCCUUGCUCUCCCUCUGGUGUCCGUUUUGGCCCAAAUCCUCCAAAACGGACCUCGCCAGCUUGGUCUCCUUGGCUGUGCUCCUUGCUCUCCCUGGUGGUUCGUUUUGGCCGCUCAGAAGCCCAAAUCCUCCAAAACGGACCUCGCCAGCUUGGUCAGCUUGGCUGUGCUCCUUGCUCUCCCUCUGGUGUCCGUUUUGGCCGCUCAGCAGCCCAAAUCCUCCAAAACGGACUCCUUGCUCUCCCUCUGGUGUCCGUUUUGGACGCUCAGCAACCCAAAUCCUUCAAAACGGACCUCGCCAGCUUGGUCAGGUUGGCUGUGCUCCUUGCUCUCCCUCUGGUGGUCCGUUUUGGCCGCUCAGCAGCCCAAAUCCUCCAACACGGACCUGACCAGCUUGGUCUGCUUGGCUGUGCUCCUUGCUCUCCCUCUGGUGGUCCGUUUGAGCCGCUCAGCAGCCCAAAUCCUCCAAAACGGGCCUGACCAGCUUGGUCUGCUUGGCUGUGCUCCUUGCUCUCGCUCUGGUGGUCCGUUUUGGCCGCUCAGCAGCCCAAAUCCUCCAAAACGGACGGUUAUGGCGGCGUCCCUCUUCCGACCGGUCCUGGGCUCGAUACCCGGGAGCAACACUGAGUUAGUUGACUGUGCUCCUUGCUUGUCCGUUUUGGCCGCUCAGCAGCCUUCAAAACUGACCCAACACUUCCACUGGUUGCAGGCUCUCACAGAAAGCAACCGCCACAAGAAGAGGCAGCCAGGAAAAGAGAGAGCAGACACAGGUACAACCUCUGUGUCCAGAGAGGUUGGCUGUGCUCUUUGCUCUCCGUCUGGUGUCGGUUUUGGACGCUCAGCAGCCCAAAUCCUCCAAAACGGACUCCUGGGGGAGAGCACAGCCAAGCAGACCAAGCUGGCGAGGUCCGUUUUGGAGGAAUUGAGCUACGGACCACCAGAGGGAGAGCAAGGUCCUGCUGAGCGGCCAAAACGGAACACCAUGAGGGAGAGCAAGGAGCACAGCCAAGCUGAUCAAGCUGGCGAGGUCCGUUUUGGAGGAUUUGGGCUGCUGAGCGGCCAAAACGGACCACCAGGGAGAGAAAGGGACAGUCCGUUUUGGAGGAUUUGGGCUGCUGAGCGGCCAAAACGGACCACGAGGGAGAGAAAGGGACAGAGACCCACCGCCAGCUCUCGUGUGAUGAGGUACACCCCGGAUGGAAAUGUUCUUCUGAGCCCCGUGGGGAACCGCGUGAACGCGGUGGAUCUCGUGCAGGGCAGGUGUGUGACCCUUGCGCCGGAGAACCGCGAAGAUGUUGCCAUUUUGGCCUUGACGCAGGACGCGAAGCUCCUGUUGUCCAUCGACGUCACUGGCCACGCUCUGCUGAUCAAUUUCGUGCGCUGCUCUGUGCUGACACGUAUCAAUUUCAAAGGCAAGGUGAGGAGUGCCAAAUGGAGCCCCAAUGGAAAGUGGUUGAUCGUGACCCAUGGGCGGCAAAUCUUGCUUUGGAGGACCCCCACAGUGGAACUUGGAUGGCAGUUCGUGAAGGACAAGAGGCUAGCUGGGCAUCAUGAUGAUGUGGUCGACUUGGCUUGGGCCCAGAAUUCCCAGUUCUUUGCCUCUUGCUCCAAGGAUGGCACGGUUCGCCUUUGGAGCGUCGUCCCCCGCGAUGACUUUCAGUCCAUGGCGCUGCUGGAGCAUCGCAGCCCCGUGCGGGCCGUCUUUCUGUCGGAGGAUCUGCAGUACGUCUACAGCAUGUCUCGGGAUGGUCAGUUGGUGUCAGCCAAGUACACGCUGAAGGAUGGAGUGGAAGCUGAUGCAGAAAAGCCCUUGUAUUGCCUUCCUGGCACAUGGUCAGUAGAAUCAAAGGCCUCCUGCCAGCAACCCAUCUACAACAAGGUCACGCGCUGCGACUACGACAGUCAGUCGCGUCUGCUGGCGGUUGGCUUCAGCCUGGGAGUUUUGAUGCUCUUCGAGAUGCCGUCAUUGCAGGCGCUACAAACCUUGAGCUUGGGUCAGGAGUCUCUGGAUACUGUGCGCCUCGGGGCCAAGGGCGACUGGCUGGCAGUGGGUUCUGGCGCGGUGGGGCAACUGCUGUUGUGGGAAUGGCGGUCUGAAACCUAUGUGCUGAAGCAACAGGGCCACCACUGGGGCGUGAAGUGCGUGGCUUUCUCACCAGGGGCUGUGAACUUGAAACGUGGCAAGGCGUUGGCCACCAGCGAAGCGCGGCCGGAAGAACGCAGCGCCAUUGGAGGACGCCUUUUGGCCACAGGUGGCUACGAUGGAAAGGUGAAACUCUUCAACGCUCAAAGCGGUCUGUGCUUCGUCACCUUCGCGGAACACACCGCCGCAGUGCAGGACCUUUGCUUCACACCGCAAGGCAAUGCCGUGCUGAGUGCAAGUGCUGACGGCUCCGUGCGCGCCUUUGACCUGUUGCGCUACCGGAACUUCCGAACCUUCGCCUCGCCCGAUGGCCUGUGCCAGUUUUCCAGCCUUGCCGUGGACUCGGGGGGUGAAAUUGUGGCGGCCAGUGCCAAAGGUGGCAAGUAUGCCAUCUACGUUUGGUCCAUUCAAACGGGCAACAUCUUGGAGAUCCUCACUGGGCACACCUCCUUCGUGCAGACCUUGCACUUCUCGCCCUCUGCAAACCAUCCGGGGCAGCUGGUGAGUGGUAGCUGGGAUGGCUCCUUGAAUGUCUGGGACCUCUAUGCCGGCACCAAGGGGGGUGCCGCAGAAGCCCUGCAAUGUUCUUCGAGCGUUCUUUGCGUCUCCUUUGACCCCAGAGCCAAUGACAUUUUGGCCGCCAGUUGCAUGUCUGGUCAGAUCCUCUUUUGGAACGUGGUCUCGGCCCAAACCGUGGGCUCCAUCGACGGCCUGCGCGACAUUCAAACGGCACGGCACUGGCAUGAGAUGUUUUCGGCCAUCAACACCAGAGGUGUGAAAACUGGGCAAGGCAUGAGGAAAAGAAAUCCCACGGAUGGCCUCAACUUGAACCAGCACUACAAUUCCAUUGCCUACGCCAAGAGCGGCGAGGUCCUGAUCGCCUCUUCGCAGAAUUCGCCCUAUGUCUCACUCUAUGAUACGACGGCCUUUGCACUGACGGGGCGUGUGGCUGUCACCACGAAUCGUAGUCUCAGUGGGACUCAGUCCUUUCUGAACAGCAAAAAUAUGACCGAGGCGGGGGGGGCAUGGCAGCAGUACGACCUGUCCGACAGUGAGGCGGACGAUGUGGACGUGGCCAGAUCGCAGGAUCGCCGUCGCAAGGCCAGCAGCCUCCCAGGGGUGGACAUCGGCGAGGCCAAGGACGCGUACACGGACAAACAGCUCCACCUUUGGGACGUGUCCUUCAGCGCAGAUUCGCAGCAGUUCGCAGUCGCCACUACCCAUGGGACCUUUGUCUUCUCUCAGGCUGGCAGCAUGGCCACGGCCGGCAUCUACGGCAACGACGCGCGCUUCGUGCCGCAGAUGUUGACCAAAGCCGUGUCCGGCCCAGCGGUGCUCAAGGCACUGGAGGCCAAAGACCUGACGCGUGCCAUGAUUCUGGCCCUGGCGCUCAACGACUACGCCCUGCUCAGGAAAGUCUAUGAGGAGGUGCCAGUGUCAUCCAUUGAGCUCGUGGUGGCCUCCAUUGGUUCACCGUUGCUCCCGGCACUCAUCGCUUUUUUGGCCUCGGAGCUCAAGCCUCAGACGGGAAGUCCUCACUACCAGUUCCACGUGCUUUGGAUCUCUGCGGUCAUCGAUUUGCACUUCCAGACGCUGCUCGAGAUGACCACCGGCCGUGCCACGGCGCGUACGGGGUCGCUGCUGGAGACAGCCAACAGCGACGUGGCGGCGCUCUGUUUGCAGCUGCUGGUGGAGCUGUCGCAGCGACACGCUGGCAUGUCGAAGAUCUUUGAGAACAACGCGUAUUCACUAAGAUUUCUGGGCAGUUUGCCCCGCAGUGACCCUCCAGAAGCCCUGGAAGAAGUCGUGGCGACGAAAAAAAGUGGCAAAGGAAAGACGAAGAAGAUUGAGCCGGCUGCGCCGCCUUUGGAGGUUCAAGACGCAGACGCUCCCGAAGACCGGGGCCCCAGGUUGUUGCUGACCUUGGCCAUUGAUUGCCAUGCAGACGCGGCAUCCAUGGCCACUGGCGAAGUGCCUGGCACUAUCGGCGACUUCCUGGCCUUUCUCCAACCGAGCUCCAAUGCCGUGGAAUUGGAAAUCCGGGAGCCAAUCGACUUGGCAGCAGCGCAGCGUGCGGCCGGGUCCUUGCGCUGCAAUGAGACCUUGCAGCUGCUGACGUUGACGCGAAAUCAGUUGGAUGCGGAGGGAUGUAAGGCUCUUGCGCCUGGCAUUGCGGCGGUCAAAAAACUCCAAAAGUUGCGCAUCAACUACAGCGCUCGCAUGGGAGUCGAGGGUGUGGAGUACCUCAUGAAUGCAGUGGCAUCGAACCUGAAGCUUCAAGAGUUCCACUUUGGGGACAAUGAACUGGAAACCGAAGGCUGGCUCAUCGUGUGCAAAGUCCUUGAAAACCAUCCUGGCAUUCAGCACUUGGACCUGUCUUGGGCCCUCAGUGAGUCGGUGACCGGUGCAGCCGCUGAGGCCUGCGGUGCUGCCUUGGCGCAAGUGCUGCGCCGCAACCAGGUCUUGGAGGCCUUGCUGUUGACGGAAGACCAUCUGGGAACGGAGGCAGUGAUUCAAGUGGCUGAUGCUGCAAGCACUCAUCCCUCCCUGACACGGCUGGAGCUGAACUACAAUGAUAUGAAGGACGAGGGAGCCGCAGCAGUGGCCAAGAUGCUACGAAGCAACAGCAAACUGGAGAUUCUGUGUCUUCACGCGAACCAGAUUGGUGCCAUAGGCAUUGAAGCCCUUUGCAGGGCACUGACCGAAAACCAAAGUUUGCGAAGCAUCGAUCUGCACCACAACGCCUGCGGUGACAUCGGCGCUCCAUUGGCAGAAGCUCUAAGGCAUAGCAGAGUCGAAUCCUGGGAUUUACGCUACAUGCAGUUGGGUGUUGCCUCGUUCACGGCGAUUGCAGAUCGGCAGUUGGGCCCGCACGUGAAACACCUGGAUUUCGGAGAACACGCUCCGCUGCCGCUGGAGUGUCUCCGGACCUUUGCCACGUUGAAGGGAAGCAAGUGGGAGAGUCUCACGAUGGACCUGUUCCAGCAACUUCCGGAAUCUGUGGAAAUCGAGUUGGUCCAAUGUUUGCAGAAUAACCUGUCCCUGCGCGACUUUUCGUUCAACCAAGACGGCCCGUCAUGUACGGAGGUGUGCCAUCGCCAGUUGAAGGCCAUCAUCGCUGGUUCAGCGCUACAGGAAGUGAAAGCACAGAGCUUGGAUGACGACGAUGUGCAGCUCUUGGCCAAGGCCACUGCGGUGAGCUCCACCUUGACGACGCUUCGCUGCCAGCCGACGCUGUCGGCCUUGAAGCCGUUGCUGGAGCUGCUGGCGACUCCCUGCAGCUUGAAGGUGCUGAAUCUCUCCGGCACUCACCUGUCGGGCUGUGGAGCUUUGGCCCAGCUGAUGCGCAUCCAAUUGGAGGAGCUCAGCCUCUCCAACUGCGGCCUGAGCGAGGCCGACAUGUCUGACCUGGCGCCCUUGGCGACGUCGGUGGAGCGGCUGGACCUCUCGCGAAAUCCGCUCCAAGGUGGUGUCAAGGUUGUGGCCACAGCCUUGGCAUCCAACCGAAGCUUGAAGAGGCUGAACCUUCAGGAGGUGGGCCUCGACAAUGAGAGCUUCAACGCCCUAGCAGGCGGCCUGCAGCAGAAUCACAGCCUUCAGGAAUUGAUCUUCUCGGGGCAGGUGGAUGACGCCACACAGCUGGCGGAGGCCUUGAAGGUGAGCGGCCUGAGAGAACUGAUAUCCUUAGGCGAUCUCUUCACGGGCGCGCAGGCGCAGCUUCUGGCCAGCGCACUGGAGACCAACUGCUGCCUUCGUAGUCUGGAAUUGCAGCAUGUCACUCCCAAGAAGCUGAAGAAGGAUGAGGCAUACCGCAGUGCAAUGAAGAAAAUAGAAUGGCUCACAACGCGCAACAGCCACCCCGCCUCGGUGCUGACCUCAUCCUUCACCAAGACUUCCCACGGCCUGCGCGUUUGCCUCUGCAGUUUGGGAGGUGAGCAGGUCCUAGACCUGGAAGUCGACGCGGUCGACGCGUCUGCCUCGCUGCAGCAGCUGAUUCCGCGGGUCUUCGAGGCCCUGGGACCGCUUCGUCCCUUGCGGCUGCUGCUGUCGGACGGCCGCAGCUGGCAGGAGACGUCCUGCAGGGAGCUGGGGGCUCAGUGCAACAUGGAUGGGCGGGCACUUCGGAGUCCAGCCAUUCCUGCGCAGAGGUUUUAUUGCAGUCCCCAGUGGCGACACCCUUCACUGGACCGACGCCGGUGUCGGCUUCGCGGGACCAAGACAGCGAGUGAACAGGAGCAGUUUGGGUGUUGCGAGGUCAGUUGGAAGGUGCCCGAAACCGUUGCUGGACGCUUUCAGCCCCAGGUGGCGGCUGCGACAGCUGUGCAUCACAUUUCUGCCGGUGAGGAGGUCGAGCGAUGCAUUGCCAUUCGCAUGGAAGGGGAAGUUCCCCAACAUUUGAAGGCCCUUUGCUACGAAUUUCAAGGUCAGUGGAUGCUGCCCUUGGGUCACGCGUUGCUAUUUGACCGAACUUCGGCGCCGUUGGCCAAUCUGAAAGUGGAAUGGCAGGGCCGCUGGCGAGGUCGGGAUGUCUUGACCUUUUCUGCUACGAAGGACAUCCAUUCAGGUGAAGCUUUCGGUAUCGCUGGUGCCCAUGGUGCCCCGUUUCGGGCCGUUUUAGAAGGACUCCGGCGAACGCAGACCACCUUUCAAGCGGCUGCCAGUGAAUGCGGCUUGCUACACAGUGGCGUGCGAGAGGAAAUGACCGUAUCGCAAUCCAAUGUUAUGUUGUGCCAAUCUCCUCUCCAUGAUCUCGGCUGUUUCGCAGCAUGCCCAAUGGAGCCCGGCGACAUUGCCGCGCACAUUCCGGUGCUUCCAUUGCCGUGGAGAGACGUUCGUCACCAGCCACUGCGGGACUUUGUGUUUGCCAGUGACUUACAGAGUGCUCCUCAAUACUCGCCUUAUGUUGUGUUACCCUUGGGCUUUGGAGCUUUCUUCAACCAUUCCUUUGAUCCCAAUGUGUGUUUGUAUCGCUAUGACCACUGGCCCUUCCUUCAGGCCGUGGUGUGCCAGGAGGCCGUGGAACCGGGUGAGGAGCUGCUGCUGGACUACGGCGCAGCCUACUGGUCCGCGCCCUGGCGAGACGCACCAAGAGACGGUCACCGCGAGCACCAGUGGAGUUGGAACGCGUGCUGCGAAAAAAAAAGGUUUCUGUUUUUUUAG